AUGGCAGACCCUCCCACCACCCCAAUUCCUCCACCGCCAAUCUUACCGGACCCUCACCGUCAAACCCUCCAUUUGCCUCUCAUUCACGGAGGGGCAGCCGCGGCCGCCGCGCCGUCCUCCUCCACCACCCCUAACACCUCCUUGAUCCGAGAAUACCGCAAGGGUAACUGGACUAUUCAGGAAACCUUGAUCCUUAUCACAGCCAAGAAGCUCGACGACGAGCGUAGGCUCAGAAGUUCCGGCUCAACCCCGCAAGAGCCCUCCAAACCCGGUGCUGCAUGUGGUUCCGGCAGAAGUAGCGGCGAGCUGCGGUGGAAGUGGGUGGAGAACUAUUGCUGGAACCAUGGCUGCUUGCGAAGCCAGAACCAAUGUAAUGACAAGUGGGAUAAUUUGCUUCGUGAUUAUAAGAAGGUUCGUGAUUACGAGUCUAGAGCCGAAGCCUCCUCCUCCGGCGACUUCCCUUCUUAUUGGACCAUCGAUAAACACCAACGAAAAGAGCGAAAUCUUCCUUCUAAUAUGAUCUUCGAAGUGUAUCAAGCCAUAAGCGAUGUGCUUCAGAGGAAGCACGCUCACAGAAGCAGCCCACAACCGCCAUUUUCACAGCCACCUCCCGUGGCAUUACUAACUUCAUCACAGCCAAAUCUCGUGACCGUAAUACCAGCACCCCCACCCCCAGAGAGGUCUGAUUCGUCGAGCACAGAGUUUUCAACUGAAGAAGAUCAGGAUUCUGAAUCAAAACGAAGGAAGAUUCGGAAUCUGGGAUCUAGCAUAAUGCGAAGUGCGUCGGUUCUGGCCAGGGCUCUUCGGAGCUGCGAAGAGAAGAAGGAAAAGCGGCACCGGGAAAUGUUGGAGUUGGAGCAACGGCGGCUUCAGAUUGAGGAACGCCGGAACGAAGUUAACCGGCAAGGAAUUGCGAACCUUGUGGCGGCGGUGACCAACCUCUCCGGUACUAUUCAAUCACUCAUUUCUGAUCGCCAUACUGGUCAAAGAUGA